AUGAAUAUUUCUGAAUAUUCAAAUUAUAAACCAAACAUCUCCUACACGGAGACUGGUGUAAUAGCGAACGAUUCCAGUACACUUUUAGAAGUCUCAAGAUGGUAUUUUCUCGUUAUAAACAUUAUUUUCAUACCACCGACAGUGUUUGGAAAUACACUUAUACUUGUUUCUUUGACGCGAUUUAAAAGUCUGCGUAGUGUGAGAGCAUAUAUACUGGUUGGGAAUUUAGCAGUUUCAGACCUCUUGGUAGGAUUAAUUUCUAUGCCAAUGGAUGUAGUGUUUGUUUUAUCAACAUUUGCUUCGUCGUCGAAAACGUUUUGUUUAUGGUAUUUUAGUCUCUUAUUUACUUCUAUCGGACUUUCUGUUGUGAAUUUAUUUCUUUUGUCACUGGAGAGGUUUCACGCAAUUGCAAGCCCAAUCAAACACAAAUUGCGCUUCACGAAACGAAGGAUCUUUAUCAUGAUAACACUCACUUGGAUUGCUAUACUUUUCGUUGGGUUUUUACCUUUAUUUGGAAUAAACAAAAAACUAGAAGGAGACUUUGUGUGUAAGAAAAAAUCGAUAUUAACGCCUACAUAUAUAAACAUUGUAAUAACAAUACUACUGUCAUCAAUAUUUAUGAAUGCGAUAUUCUUUUUCAUCAUCGUUCGUAUUGCAACAAAAACUAUGCAUCGCCAAGUUUUGAGAAAAUCGCUACAACACGAAAAGAGGCUAAAGAAGGAAAUUCGCCAUACACGCAAUAUGUUGAUCAUUACAGGAUUAUUUAUUCUUUUCUGGGGACCAUUUUGCAUAGCUAUUUUGAUUCCCGGUGACUCUACAAUCUUAUUGUUUGUGAAACAGUUGUUGUCAAGCCUGGGUCUCAUUAAUUCUUGCUUAAACUGGAUUGUUUAUGGAGUAAGAUGCAAGAAAUUUAGAACUGCUUUCAGGAGUAUCCUUACCUGCCGGUGUACGCAACGGGAAUUUAAGCUGCCACCAACUUCCUCCUAA